AUGUCACUUCAAUUAAGAGACGGUUUGGCCAACAAGUCGUUGGACCAUAUACUAGAAGAUUUAUUGGUUCGGUUUGUAGUCAAUGUACCCAAUGAAGAUUUACUGUCAGUGGAAAGAGUGUUAUUUCAAGUAGAAGAAGCUCAAUGGUUUUAUACUGAUUUUUUAAAACAACAAUAUCCAGGAUUACCAGGAUUAAAGAUGAAAUCUUUUUCAGCUAAAAUGUUGGAGAAAUGUCCAUUGAUUUGGAAAUGGGGAAACCCUUCAGAAGCAGUAUCGAUCUUUGGGAAAUAUAAAUCUUCUAUUCCAGUUAGAGGUAUUGCCUUAUUCAAUAGUGAUGUGAGUAAAAUUCUUUUAGUUAAAGGGUAUGAAUCAAAUCAUUGGUCUUUCCCAAGAGGGAAGAUAUCUAAAGAUGAAGAAGAUCUUGAUUGUGCUGUAAGAGAAGUUGAAGAAGAAACUGGGUUUAAUGCCAGAGAUUUAAUCAAUGAAGAUGAUUAUAUUGAGAGAACUAUCCAUGGUAAGAAUUAUAAAAUUUACCUUGUUAAGGGAGUUCCUGAAGAUUUCAACUUUGUACCUCAUGUAAGGAAUGAGAUUGAAAAGUUAGAAUGGUUUGAUGUUAAGUCAUUACAGAAGAAGGUGAAAUUUAAUCAAAAUAAUUUCUUUAUUAUUCCAGCAGUGAUUAAACCAAUGAUGAAAUGGAUCCAACAAACUAAGGGAUUGAAUGAAAUUGAAUUAAUGAAGGAAGCUGAAGUCAGAUUGAAGAAUUUAUUGGGUGUUGGAAAAGUUAUUGAACCAAUAACUACCCAAACCGUUGAUAAUGAUGCAGGAAGAGAACUUCUUGAUAUCUUACAAGGGAUUUCAACCACUGAAGAUGAUAAAGAUGUUGAAACUGAAGAGGAAGAAGUUGAAAAAGAAAUUAAAACUGUAAGUAUUCCUCAAUCAAUGGCAGCUCCUUAUGCUCAUUUAAUGUCCAAUAAUUUACCUCAACAACUUGAAAUGAAUCCAAUGUUUAACAUUCAACCUCGUCAACCUCCUGCCACUUUCCCCCUUCAAUCAUCCCAUCCUGCACAACCUUCAAAUUUACCUCAACCAGGUCAAAUGAUUACUCCACAUCCAAAUUCUUUUGAGAAACCUGGUACUUUGAUAAACUCCAAAGAGUUAUUAUCAGUAUUGACCAGUAAAAGUAAACAUUCCAAAGAAUUAAGUUUGGAGGAUGAAGCUAGGAAGAAGGAAGAUUCUUUAAGGAAUAAAGCCAAAGCCAAUGAAUUGAUGAAAUUGUUCAAAAGAACAGAUUCUAGUGCGACUGACCUUUCCACUGAUACUGAGACUGAAAAGACUGAUGGAGAAGAAUUAAAACCAGGUAAAGUUACUCUUUUGAAAAAAUCAGACAACCCGUUACUUGAUAUGUUGAGGAAAUCAACUCCUGAAAGAACUCCUAGUCCUGCUGCUAAUGAUUUAUUAGGAUUAUUGAGAAGACCUAGCCCAAGGGAGAGUCCAAAGCCUCCGAAAGAAACUCCAAUUGAGAGUCCAAAAGUUGAUUCUAGAAAUGAACUUUUGGGAAUGUUACAUAGAGAUAAGCCAAAGGCUGCCAAUGAGUUAAUGGAUUUAUUGAAAUCCCCCAAAGAGCUGAAGGCUUCUGGAGGCUCUUCAGCCUCGAAAGAUUUAUUGGGAUUAUUGAAACCUAAAGUACCAGAGGAUAAAGCACCAGAAGUUAAAGUACCCGAAGCUACAGUGCCAGAGGCUAUUACAGAACCUAAAGCACCAGAAGGUGUUACAGUUCCAGAACCUUCUCAAACGCCAGAACCAACUAAACCUAUUGGAGCUGAUUUGUUAGGAUUACUCCACAGAAACCCUUCAGAAUCUACACCUAAAGUCACACAACCCAUAGCUGAACCUGCCCCUGCUCCUGCACCAGCAGCAGAAACCGAUGAAUUUGAGGAUUUCGAAGAUUUCGAAGAUUUUGAUGCUUUGAAUGAUGAAAUCCAUGCCACUACUCAUGACUUCUACACCCCAGAACCUGAACCUCAACCCGAACAAGUGACUCCACAAACAAAUUAUGAAUAUAACACCAAUCCUUACCCAACAACAAGUUCUUAUGACUCAAUUCCUUACCAUAAUGGAACCUAUCCUCAACAAUAUACUCCAGAGCCUUCAAAAGGAAACGUGCGGAUUUUAAAGCCCGGUGAAUCAUUGAAAGAUGGUCAUGGAAAUGAUCUUUUACUGUUACUUCAACCUAGAAAUAAAACUGCAACUCCGCAACCACUCCAGUCACCAUCAGAUUCAUUGAAUGCCAUUUAUGGGUCCCCUCAUCAACCAACUUUAAAUUCACCUCCAGUUCCUCAAGCACCUAGAAAUUCUAAUGCAUCUGCAGCAUUAUUGGGGCUUCUUAACAAACCUAAAGAAACUCCUCAAUCAUCACCUUCUAACGCUGCUAAUGAUUUAUUAAGUUUACUUAAGAGACCAAGUAAUAGUUAA